UGUGCGGUUGCCUGGCGCACAGAGAUACCGUCGUGUCCGGGCCAGGAUUUACUGCUUAAACGUGGCGUUGAGUUCGCUGACAUUUCCUCAGGUCUGUGUCAUAUCUGAAGCCUGACGCAUUUAUCGAGACUAGGCAGUGGCGGCGGCCAUCGCACUUCAGAUCAAACACUACCUUAAAAGUGAAACUAUUUUGAGUAGCACCUAGCCCCACCCAUCUACAUAAAAUGCCUCCCAGGCUGAGCGACGGCAGUGGAUGGCGGGUACUGUGAGAACAGGUGCACGCGUGCUGGAAGAGCGAGAUGGCAGAGUACGAGGGGGUCCAGCAGGCAAAAAAACAGGAUUUUUCCAAAAGGAAGCUGACAGAUCUACCUCCGGAGCUGUUUGCCCGAGCGAAGCAGGUGGAGAGCCUGGAUCUCCAGGUGAAUCAGCUGAAGCAGGUCUCUCUAAUCUCCCAGCUGGAAAACCUGAAGGAACUGUUUCUGUCCUGGAACAAGCUCUCCGAGUUCCCCCUGGAGAUCAAAGAGCUGGGCUGCCUGGAGGUGCUGUACCUGAAUCAGAACAGUGUGGAAUGCAUACCCAACGGGGUGUUUGCCAUGUUGGGUAAACUGCGGCGUCUCAACCUGAGCAGCAACCUCCUGUCCGAGCUGCCCUCCGACCUGCAGAAGUGUGUGCGUCUGGAGUUCCUCAACCUCUCCAGCAACCGGCUGCGGGACCUGCAGGGGGCGCUGGGCCUCCCAAAGCUGAGGGAGCUCUACGUGGACAACAACCGUCUGGUGGAGCUUCCCGCCGAGCUCUUCCUCAACACGGGCCUGGCCGACUUCCGGGCGGCGGGGAACCCCCUGAGGAGGCCUCCCGAGGAGGUGUGUGCCGGCGGCCUGAAGGAGGUGCGGAGCUAUUUCAGCCAGAUGGGGGCGGGCGGCCAGACUCAGCCCGCCCCCAGGGUGAAGGUCAUGUUCCUGGGCUCCUCCAUGGCGGGGAAGUCCACCCUCUGCCGCAGCCUGAGGGCGGGGCAUGCCGUGGAGGUGGGCGUGACCGACCGCACCGUGGGCAUCGACAUAUGCGAGGUGAAAAAGCAGGGCGUUCAGAUGCUCUUCUGGGACUUUGCCGGGCAGGAGGAAUACUACCUCACCCACCACGUCUUCAUCACUCCACACGCCUUCGUCAUCCUCGCCAUCAACCUGGCCAGUUACAGCAUCUCGGAGCCCCAGUCUUUCAAAGACAACGUGAGCUUCUGGAUCAAUAACAUGAUGAUGAGGGCUCCGUGCUCCGUGGUGCUGCCCGUGGGCACUCACGCAGACCAGUGCCCCGACGCCCACCUCAAGGAAGAGGACAUAAACAGGAAAGCCAAGGCCAUGCUGGAGGACAGGAGGUCCAAACUUGAGCAACGGAUAUCGAACAUCAAGGACAAAGAUGACCCCACCCCAUUCACCAAGCAGCUGAACAGACUCUAUCAGCUGACCACUUACAACCUCACGGUGCUUGACGUGAUGCUCAUGGACUGCACCAAACCUGCAGAGAUUGAGAAGCUGCAGGAACACAUCCUGAAACACAUUUACAACAAGGACCUGUUUCCCAACUUAGAGAGAACAUUGCCACAGAGCUACCAAGCGGCAGAGUCUUCCGUACGAGACCUCAAAAGAAAUAAAAACACUCCAGAGCAUGGAAUUGUGGACAUUAAUGAACUUAAGAAACACACUCUCGUCAAGGAUCUGGACACAGAGGACUGGCACAGCAUACUGCGUUACCUCCAUCGGAUCGGGAUCAUCGUGUGGUACGAGGAAAUUGAGGCCCUGAGGGUCAAGGUCUUCACCAAACCAUCCUUCCUCAUCACACUGUUCAAGACGGUGGUCAGACACGACCUGGUCAGGUGUUUGGAGGAGAUUCCCCACAACAUCCUGCAGAAGGUAAACAGCCUGGGGAGGCAGAGGGGUGCCUGGGUGAGCAAUCUAAAGGGCAAGGCCACCCUGCACAACAGCGCCAUCGCAGCCCUGGCCCACAGGUCCCUCGCGCAGCUGGACGUGGCAAAAGACAAGAGCAUCAUGCGUGCACUAGCAGGCUCCACCAAUAAAGAGGGAGAACUGGUGUGCUUGCUCAGGCAUUUCGACAUCUGCCUUCCCACCACACUUGCCAGUCCCCUCAACCCCAACGCCCAGGAGUUUGACCCAGGUAGGGAGUGGAGUCCCAGCCGGCCCUCGGUACCUACGCUGGUUAACCGGGACACCGCCUACCUGUUCCCCAGUUACCUGAAGGAUGCCGGCGUUGUGAGCAACAUGUGGGGAGAGGACAACAUGGAGGACCUCAGAGUUACUGUCUAUUUCCUACCCGAAAUCCCCUACGGCGUCUUCCACAGGCUCAUCGUUCGGGCCUGCUCCCUGUAUUCCACCUACUGGGUGGGCAGAGACUGCUUUUUGCUGGGCUACAGUAGCACUCUGGUGCUGCUGAGGCAGGGCUCUGAGGGGGAGGACCAGUACAUACAAAUACGCUGCAGAAGGCCUGCAGCGAGCGCGGAUUUCAGACGCUCGUGGGACCUGAUCCUGGCCGUGAUGUGGAAGCUGUCGGAGCUGGCGGAACAGUGGCCCGGCCUGUUCCAGAUCACCUGCAGUCCCUGCAGACAGCAGGGCUGCCUCCACGACUUCCAGUGGAGUGACAUUCGCAAUCUGGGCGGGCUGGACAUCUACAAGGUCGUGAAGGAAGAAAAACUAGUGUGCAAUAAUGGCCAUACCUGCCGAACUGAAUUACUUUUCCCAAAAGUCCCAAAUGAUCCAAAAACUGACAGCGCACAGCUUGUCACCAAUCAGAACAUCACUACAGAUCACAUGAUCGUGCAUGUCGUCUCCCCCUGAAGGCCACUGAGGUCUGUGAAUGCCCUGCAUGUUGAGCUGAAAACAGGAGGCGGAACCAUGAGCACCUCUGACCAAUCGGAACUCAGUUCUCACAGCUCACAAUAAUGAAGCCAGCUACCGUCAGAUUCUGACAGGUCCCAAUAUCUGUCAUCUUGUUUUAGUCACAAAGUUAAGAGGAGACUCAUCACAGCUAUUUUUUUAACCUGUUUUAGAUUAUGGAGACAUACUUUAUAUGCAUGCUUCCUCUUCUGCUUUACAUGCCUUGGAUAUGGUUUACCACAACGCUUUACGUUUCAUUACAGGUGCAAAAUUUUUAACCCAUCAUUGUCUCCUAUAUGAAUGGUCUGGGUUUACUCCUUUACAUCUGCACAGAUUGACCCACUGGUACAUAUUCAUCUACAAAGCAAUAAUUGCUCUACUCCCUUCCUACCUCAGCUGUCUGCUAAUUAGAAAUUCACAGUUAUCACCUCCGCUCUAGGGACCUGAUACUCCUUAAAGUCCCUCGUCCCAAUACUGAAUUAGGGAAGAUGGGUUUCAGAUAUUUUGCACCUUACAGCUGGAACAAUCUGCAAAAGAAUUUUAAACUUGACAAAUUAAUUUCAAUUGUGGACUUUAAACAUGCAAUGUAUGACUCUGUGACCGAAGUAUGCUCCUGCUUUUAACCUCUUUUAACCUCUUCUCUACUUUUAAUUAUUGUUACACCUCUGUCUCAUUCCACAUUUGAUAUUAGUACAUUUUGUUAGGUGCAAGUCCUGUUGGGUAACUUUGUGUUUCAUGUCAGGUCCCCCUUGCAAAAUAGAUUUCAAUCUCAAUGGGGUUUUCCUGGUUAAAUAAUGGUUAAAUAAAAAAAUUUAAAAAUUCA